CGCGGCUCUCCAUUAUUUCAAGUUAAUUGGGCUCACAAAAUCAAAACUAAGCCUUCUAAAAUACAUGGGCCUAUCCAAACAUUUUCAGCCCAUUAAUGUUUAAUGAAAAACAAUUUGUCCGUCCAAAAUUAUUUUUUCGAAAUGAAAUAAUAUGAAAAAGAAUAUAGUUGGUGAUCGUGUUCGCGUCUCGGGCCUUCAGGUGGAGGAGGGAAAAAGAGCUUUUGACCUUCUCUUUAUCCGGCGAGAGACGUGGUGGUUAAAUGGCGGAGAUGGAGAUGCUGCGAUCGAAAUGGGUGGCUGUGGCUGCUAGUAUAUGGAUACAGUGCGCAAGCGGCGCUUCAUACACCUUCGGAAUCUAUUCCGCCGUCCUUAAAUCCACCCAAUCGUACGAUCAAUCCACCCUCGACACCGUCUCCGUCUUCAAGGACAUCGGAGCUAACGCCGGCGUUUUCUCUGGGCUCCUCUAUACAUAUGCUACCUCCAAUCGCCGCCGCGGACGGGGUGGCGGAGGCGGAGGCGCAGGAGGACCUUGGGUGGUACUCGCUAUUGGGGCGAUUCAGUGCUUCGCCGGUUACUUUCUCAUCUGGGCUUCCGUUACGGGUCUGAUCGGGAAGCCGCCGGUGCCUCUGAUGUGCCUAUUUAUGUUCAUAGCGGCGCAGUCGCAAACGUUCUUCAAUACGGCCAACGUCGUUAGUGCCGUGGAGAAUUUCGCCGACUAUGGUGGUACAGCCGUCGGCAUAAUGAAGGGGUUUCUAGGUCUAAGUGGAGCGAUACUGAUUCAACUGUACGAGACACUGUGCCCUGGAGAUCCAGCGAGCUUCAUUCUUCUGCUGGCAGUAACACCAACAAUUCUCUCCCUCUUGGUCAUGCCACUAGUCAGGAUCUAUGAGACAAGCACAGCCGAUGAUAAAAAGCAUUUGAAUGGCCUCUCAGCUGUAUCUCUCAUCAUUGCAGCUUAUCUUAUGAUCGUAAUCAUUCUGAAGAACACCUUCGGUUUGUCAUCAUUGGCCAAUGUUGUCACACUUGUGUGUCUCCUCCUUCUGCUUGCCUUGCCUCUACUUGUUGCGAGAAGAGCACAUCGAGACCGCAUUGAGAAAACUGUUAUACCUGAUAAGUCCCCUCUCAUAAGCAGUCCAAAAGCAACAACCUCCGUUAACCAAAUCUCUGAAGACGGCGGUCAGAUAGAAGCUGGUAUGAGUGAGAACCUGAAUCUUGUGCAAGCUAUGAAAAGCCUAAGCUUCUGGUUGUUGUUUAUCGCCAUGAUUUGUGGAAUGGGCUCUGGGCUUUCGACGAUAAACAACAUCCGACAAAUAGGUGAGUCUCUUAGAUACUCACCCGUUGAGAUAAACUCACUGGUCUCCUUGUGGAGUAUAUGGAACUUUCUUGGUAGAUUUGGAGCCGGUUAUGCUUCAGAUGCAAUGCUACACAAGAAAGGAUGGCCUCGUCCAUUGCUAAUGGCUGCAACCCUUGGAACGAUGACCAUAGGCCAUCUGGUCAUAGCCUCUGGUUUUCAAGGAAACCUCUAUGUCGGUUCUGUUAUUGUUGGCGUCUGUUAUGGUUCACAAUGGUCACUGAUGCCUACAAUCACCUCUGAAUUAUUCGGGGUUCGACACAUGGGGACCAUCUUCAACACCAUCUCCGUGGCUAGUCCCAUCGGUUCCUAUAUCUUCUCUGUAAGACUGAUCGGUUAUAUCUAUGACAAGACUGCUUCUGGGGAAGGGAACACAUGUUAUGGUUCUCACUGCUUCAGGCUGUCCUUUGUUAUAAUGGGGUCUGUUGCGUUCUUUGGGUUUCUUGUUGCUAUUGUACUGUUCUUUCGAACAAAGACGCUCUAUCGACAGAUCCUUGUGAAGAGACUGCAUCGUCGAUAGAGUUCUUGUGAAUAUGAUACUUAGGAAAGGGAAUACAUUAAUUACUUACCUAUAAGUUGUCUGUACCUUAUGUUUGUAUCAAAUGUCUGUGUUUAGAAAUGGGCAGAAAGAAAGCUGAGACCUUUGUCUCUUUUUUUAUUUUUGGAGUUUCUUCCACAAGUGAGUUUGGUUUGUGAAGUGUACAGACAGAUUCGCAAUAAAUGUCAAAAUUCUUUAAUUAAAA